CGUUUCUAUUUCCGGAUCAUUUGACGCAACGUCUGUGUAUUCUUGACAGACUUGCAGUUUUUUCAUGUACUCUUCCUCUAAACGCGUUCCUUCAGAGCAUCCUUAUCGGACAUCAUUGAUGAAGAUCUUCACCCUGAGAACCACGACCCCCCCUCCCUCCUCCACGUUAAACAGGAGUUGGAGAUGUCGGACAUCAAACAGGAGGCGGAGCCAGAGACCCCCUACAUUAAAGAAGAAGAACAGGAAGAUGAAAUCACCACACUUCCAUUGACUGUCAUUGUAAAGAGCGAAGAAGAUGAACUUUCAAGUGAAGAGAGCAGAGCUGCGAAACCUUCAAGCGGCAGCUCAUUUCAAUGCCUGACAACAAAACGAGAGGGACUGUCGCAACCGGACGGCCUCUUAGCGCCGCUCUCGGACAGCGACGAAGCAACAACUCACUCUUCUGACUUUAACACUGACGAGGAGGAUGUUGACUUUAACCCAAAGUCAUGGAAAUCCUUAGAAAAGUCAUCGUUGAAAAGAGACACAAAAGAAUGCGCGGGAGGGAAACCUUUUGCCUGUUCAUUUUGCGAUAAAAGAUUUUCUUGGAAGCAUCACUUACAAAGACACGUGCAUGCACACACCGGGGAGAAGCCUUUUGCCUGCUCAUUCUGCGAUAAACGAUAUCCUUCCAAGCACCAGUUAACAAUACACACGCGUACACACACUGGAGAGAAGCCUUUUGCAUGCACACUUUGUGAUAAAAGGUUCCCUCAGAAGGUAGAACUAAACUAUCACACAAAAACACACACUGGAGAGAAGCCAUUCGCCUGCUCAUUUUGUGACAAAAGAUACUUCACGAAGGCAAAUUUAAACAUUCACACGAGAAGACACACUGGAGAGAAGCCUUUUCCCUGCUCACUUUGUGGUAAAAGAUUCACUUCGAAGGGAGAAUUAAGCAGUCACACAAAAACACACACCGGAGAGAAGUCUUUUGCCUGCUCACUUUGCGAUAAAUUUUUUUCUUGGAAGCAUCAGUUAACAAGACACACGCGUACACACACUGGAGAAAAGCCUUUUCUCUGCACAGUUUGUGGUAAGAGAUUCACCACGAAAGUAGAAUUAAACAAUCACAGAAGAACACACACCGGAGAAAAGCCUUUUGUCUGCACAUGUUGUGGUAAAAGAUACACCCGGAAGGUACAAUUAAAUAACCACAAAAGAACACACACUGGAGAGAAGCCUUUUCCCUGCUCACUUUGCGACAAAAAAUUUUGUGGGAAGCAAGCGUUAAUAAGACAUACGCGUGUACACACUGGAGAGAAGCCUUUUCCCUGCUCAAUUUGUGAUAAAAGAUUUUCGCAAAAGCAACAGUUAACUAGACAUACGCAUACGCACACUGGAGAGAGGCCUUUUCCCUGCUCACUCUGCGAUAAAAGAUUCACAGAGAAUGGAGAGUUACUCAGACACGCAAGAAAGCACCAUGGAGAAAAGGCUUUUGCCUGCUCAUUUUGCGAUAAAAGAUUUUUUCAGAAGCAACAUUUAACAACACACACAAGAAUACACACUGGAGAAAAGCCUUUUCUCUGCACAGUUUGUGGCAAAACAUUCACCCAGAAGGGACAUUUAGAAUCGCACACAAAAAGCCACACAGGGGAAUAACCUUUCAAUUGCAGUGUGUGACAAAAAAAAAAAAAGAUUUUGCAGGUCCUGAACUAUAGGUAGUCCCCGGGUUACGACGUACCCGACUUAUGCGAUUUCAACUUUACGAUGCCAAAGUCUUGUCCGCCACACUUCUACCAGUUAUAUAUAUAUAUGUAUAUACAGUAUAUAUAAUAGUCACGUAAACAGUAGGGAUGCAACGAUAUUGUUAAGUUAUUGUUAUUAUAUAUAAGUUAUUGUUUCAAUAUGGGGGACAUGAUUUUCGAUUCGAUUCAAUACAUUUAAUGCUCUGAAAAAAAAUAACACUUGUAUUUUUUUGUUUAGAUGUUUUUUAUUUUGCUCAUAAGCAAAAAUAACAUUGCCAUCAUAUACACAUGCAUUUUGGUGCAUAAUAUUUAUUUGCUUACUUCUUCCUGAUCUGAAGAAAUUUUGUAUAAAAGUGCUGAGAAAAUCUUUACUGUUUGUAAAGUGAGGUGGGGCACACUGUUGAUUGAUACAGCUCUCUUAGCAGCUAGGUUUACCACAUGAGCAAAACAUCCUAUUUGUGGUCAGAGUCCCUCAGCGUCACGUACUGAAUUAACAAUAUUUGCAGCAUUAUCUAUAGUCACUGGUGUGGAUUGAUUUGGCCUGCUUAACUUCCAUUCAGUCAUGGCGUUUUUUUAAUUCAUCAAUGUAGUAUAUGGACUACGUGUCCCAUGAUCACUCUGGGCUCACGUAGCCAAUGGCAUGGGUCUUGAGGGGGAUCUAAUGUAGCACAUCUAGUUUGCUAUUUGAUGAUAUUUAGUGCGUACGCGCGAGUGUUGUCGGAGCAUUAAAAAAAGUUAACAAAUGCCACAGAAGUCACUUCUGCUCAUUACUGCACAACACCAGCAUAUGACAAUCGACUUUGAUAAACAGGACAAGUUUGAAGUAGAGCGCUCUUAAUUUGCCACUCAUUGUUCAUCAUGACCAUCCAGCUGUCUGUUGUCAAAGAGAGGUUGUACGUAGCAGCCAAGUCGGUAACAAUGAUUUGGCGGACUUCAUUGUAAAUAUUCGGGAAGACAGUCUUUGUGAAAUAUGUACGAGAGGGGAUAGCGUAUCAGCAAACCCAAAAUGCUGCCACACAGCGGAUCUGUACGACGCUGAAGCCGCCUCCUCAAACUUCUGUCUUUCCUCGCUAGCCAUGAUUGUCGUGUCUGUUACCUCAGACCCAAACAAAUGCAGCGUGCUUCACUCCGCCCUCCACGCAGUUUGGGGGAGGAGAGGAGAAGGGCUGCUUGCGGGGAGGAGCUGUCUCAGAGUUUUUCAAGGCACAGCCCUCAGUUUUCGAUGCACCCCGGGCGUAUUAGCGAGCGCACGCAAGAAAAAAUUCGGAAAAUACAUUUUGGGAGCUUUUCAUUUGCAUCAAAUAGUUUUGCUUAUUGAAGAGGGCUUAGCGAAGGGUUCAUUAUAAAACCGAAUAUUGUUGUAUCUUUGGUAAACAGUACCUAGUUCAUGCCCCAUCAGUGUCACUGCCGUCCUGCAGUUUCUAACGACGUCAGGUCCCUCCCGCUGUCAUCUCCGGUUCUCAUGUGUCCCCCCGAGAAGCGCCCUUUUCGGCUUGGGAGAGUCAUGACGCCCACACCAUCCUCCAGUUCUUCCCUGGCCGCCAACAAUACGCCUUUUUUGGACUUCCCACUUCUUUGUCCUCAUGCUGCUGCUGCUUCUCCCCCGCCGCCAACUUCUCUUGCAAGUCCCGAUCCUUUAUUAUUUUUUUUUAGUUCAGACGGCAGGCUCACGUAAAGAGAGGCAAUCUGAGCCGCCAUGAUAUCUCCCCUGUCUCGCCUCCCUACUCUUUCCACAGCACCCUUUUCUCUCAGCAAAGGGACUCACUCACGAGUAAAGCCAGAAUAUAUUUUUUAAAGCCAAAUAGUGUUCAAUAUAAUGGCAUUUAACACAGCGUACAUCACAGUAUCUCAUUUUUUACUUGAUCUUGUGAUAUGACGUAUAAUACAUGUUUUUGGACAGUUAUUUUGUAUUUUUAGGUACUUAAAGGGUUAUUUACGACUUUGGCAGAAAUUCGGGUUACAUCGCCAGCUUAGGAACGGAACUCGUUCGUAACCUGGGCACUAUCUGUAUUCAAAAUUCUUGUAUUCAUACCUUUUAUUUGAUUGAAUCGGGCUACUUCUCUUUCUGUUCGGGUUGUUCCAUUACAUGAUACGUUUUCUAUUGUACUGCUUUUCACCAUUUUUCUUUUGAAUGAUGGCAUUUGAAAUACUUCGAUAAUGCACUUUUUUUUUUUUUACAGUUUCAUUGAAAACGUCUAUUAAUCUUGUGAAUUGUCACAUUUUCCAGUCUGCUUCAUUAAAGAAUUACUGUUCUUGUUUAUGAUUAUUACGAUUCAAUAUUUUGGUUCAUUACUGAUUUUUUUAAAUUCCUCAAUUGUGAACUACAGGGGUUGGACAAAAUUAUGGAAACACCUUAGAAAAUCAACAAAAACUAAUUUGAUAUGGUGUAGGUCCGCCUUUUGCUGCAAUUACAUCCUCAAUGCUCCGAGGUAUUGAUUCAUACAACUUGUGAAUUGUUUCCAAAGGAAUUUUAAUCCAUCCUUCAGUUAGAAUAUCCCCUCACUCUUUUAGAGGCGAUGGCGGUGGAAAUCGACAUAUAAUUGAAUCUCUGAACCAGGCAAUAAAUGCUCAAUAAUGUUGAGGUCUGGGGAUUAUGCCAGAUGCUCAACUUCAUUAGAAUGUUCCUCAUGCCAUUCUUUAACAAUUGCUGUAUGUUCAAUUAUUAUGUUGCCAAAAUGUUAGGUGUUUCCCUUAUUUUGUCCAACCCCUGAAUUUUUAAAAUCUCUUCUCUGUUCUAUAAAUAUGGAUUGUUUAUACCAAUACACUUUGCAUUACAGUUAUUCUCUUAUGU